AUGUUACAAAAUAUUUUUAAGAAGGUUAGAGAUGCAAAGCUUACAUUAAAACCAUCAAAGUGUCUCAUAGGAUAUGAUAAUGUUUCAUUCACUGGGCAUAAGGUCGGAAAUGAUCAGCUGGAGAUGGAAGAUGAUAAAUUAGAGCGUAUAAAGAAUGCAGAAGAACCUAAGACUAAGAGACAAGUGCGGAGUUUCCUUGGCCUAACUGGUUAUUAUAGAAAAUUUAUAGCAUCAUACUCCGAAGUUGCAGCACCACUGACCGACUUAAUCAAGAAAAGGAAACCUAAUACUGUAGUAUGGGAGGAACAACAUGCCAAAGCUUUUCAUACUUUGAAAACCUUGCUUACACAAGCACCUAUUUUACGGUUACCAGACUUUUCACGACCUUUUAUAUUACAGUGUGAUGCUUCAGAUACUGGGGUUGGAGCAGCACUUCUUCAGAGGUAUGAAGAUGGACAAUUUCCCAUAGCAUAUGCCAGUAAAAAAUUGCUCCAAAGAGAGAGGAACUAUUCGAUAGAAAACUUGUUGCUGUUCUUUUAUCACGUAACUCCUGACCUUGCCUCCCUUGGCCAAGUGAUUACGGGCCUUGAAUUUAAAUCACUUGGCCUUCUCUGA